AUGCCCGGUCCGUCCAAGGACGACGCCCCCGACGAGCUCUCCGCGCUCAGGGCUCGCGUCGCCGAGCUCGAGCGCGACCUCGCGACGGAGCGCACGGCCAAGUCCAUGCUCGAGAGCCAGCUCCGCGCCGCGGUCUCCGAGGUGUCGAAGAUUCUCGCCGCCAAGCGCGAGUUGGAGAUGCGCCUGCGAGACGAGCUCGAGGGGUCGGCGCGUUAG